UGUAACAAAGCCUUUUUUUCUCUCUAGUUUGUAUUCUCUGAAACACAGAAUGAUUACAAAGAGUGAUUUCAUAUGAUAUACCAUCCAUAUAAACCUGCAGGCUUUUUUAUCAACUACCUGAAUUAACAAAAAGUUGCCUUGUUUGGCAGCCUCAACACAAACUCUUUAUCAGUCAGCACUUCUGGGCUGAAAAGAAUCCUGACAAGCUAACUCUGUUUUUUCAGGUUUUAAUUCAGCAUUUCACUGACAACUUUAAGUUUCUGUAGUUGUGAUCUGAUUUUCACUAUGUUACGGAGUUUGCUGUAGUGAGCGGUUUAAAAAAUGUAUGUUAAGCAGGAAGAUUUCAGAUUUGAUUAAAUAACCCAUCUCUCACCACAUUAUCAUAGAAACAAAAGAAGAGAGACAGUUAACAGACAUAAGACCAUGCCGUUCCAUGAUGUUCUGGUUAUUUGAAUGUAUUUAAAGUUUUUCAAAACUUACUGUCAAGUAGCUGUGCACUGUUUUGACACUGAGCUGAGCAAACAUGUAUGUGACCUUGUUUUUGACUCCUCUACAGGAAGAGGCUGACCCGUCACUUCAAGCACUUGAAUCCCGCCAGGAAGAGAUUCUGAAACGCCUGUAUGAACUGAAGAGUGCUGUUGAUGGUCUGUCAAAGAUGAUACAAACCCCAGAUGCUGACUUUGAUGUAACUAAUAUCAUUCAAAGUGAUGAAUGUUCCCUUUUAACAACAAAUGGAGCAGAUUUGGAUUUGAUGCUUGGAAAGGAUUAUGGUGCCCUGAAAGAUAUUGUAAUCAAUGCAAAUCCUUCUCUACCUCCGCUGUCACUAUUAGUACUACACAGUCUGCUUUGUGAACACUAUAAAAUAUUAUCAGCUGUUCACACACAUUCAUCAGUGAAAAGUGUGCCAGAAAACCUCUUGAAAUGCUUCGGAGAGCAGACUAAGAAGCAACCACGUCACGAGUAUCAGUUGGGCUUUACUCUUAUUUGGAAGGAUGUUCCCAAACCCCAGAUGAAGUUCAGCAUUCAAACAAUGUGCCCUAUUGAAGGAGAGGGGAACAUCGCUAGAUUUCUCUUUUCCCUGUUUGGCCAGAAGUACAAUGCAGUUACUUCAACUCUGAUUGACAGCUGGGUUGAUACUGCCAUUUUCCAGCUAAAAGAAGGUAGCAGUAAGGAAAAAGGAGCAGUCCUGCGCUCUAUGAAUGCUGCCCUGGGCAAGACAUCGUGGUUGGUGGGAAAUGAACUCACCGUAGCAGACAUUGUUGCGUGGUGUGCGCUUCAGCAGACAGGUAGUGCAAAUGCUGCCCCAGCCAAUGUGCAAAAAUGGAUGAAGUCAUGUGAGAACUUGGCACCUUUCAGCUCUGUUAUGAAGCUACUAAAGUAAGCCUGUACUCUUCAUAAUAGUGUACUUUUAAUCUUAUUCCCCCUCCUGCAGUGGUUUUGCAUCCUUUCUGAGGUGUAAAGUACUACAGCUAGACAGAAUUCUAAAAUUAAUAAAAACAUUACAGCUGC